CACACACACACUUCCUGUUCACCCUGACGGAGACAUCGGCAGCUUCACAUAUACGUUAGACAGCCUGGACGCACCUUCUCUUGUUGCUGGUCUUGCUGUCUGUCUCUCAGAGCUGAGCCCAGGACACUUUGAUAGACAGCCGCCAAGCGUCCCUCCUCAGUCUCGUCUCUGAGUGGGAUUGUGGGUAGGAUGAUGUCGUCCGGCGACCGAGGCGGCGCCUCCUCUUCCUCCUGCACCUCCGUGAACACCGUCUGCUCUGACGGCGAGCGCCCGGCCUCCCUCUCCCUCUCCUCCUCCGCCUCCUCCGUCUCCCUGCAGGACACCUCCCACUCCUCCUCCUCCUCCUCCUCUUCCUCGCUGCCGUACGGUGCCGUGCCGACCUACAACGCCUGCUCCUCCUCUUCCUCGUCGUCCUGCACGCCGAAGAGGAACGGCUCGGACAUCAGCCUGGACCUCACGCCUCUCGUCUCGCCACACGCAGGAGGAGGAGGAGGAGGAGGAGGAGGAGGAGUCUGUGUAGCCAAGGCGACAGGUGGAGGUAACCCUAACGGACAUGUAGCCAAUCCAGUGGCGGCGGUAGCGGCGGCGGCUGUGGCGGGGGCAGUCGUGGUCGCGCCCAGACAGUUUUCGCGGCUGGAGCGAGUCGUCCUGGAGAUCGUAGAGACCGAACAGGCCUACGUCAGAGAUCUGAAGAGCAUCGUGGAGGAUUAUCUCGGCUGCAUCAUCGACUGCGGCUCUCUGCCGCUGAAACCGGAGCAGGUCAGCUCUCUGUUCUGCAACAUCGAGGACAUCUACGAGUUCAACAGCGAUCUCCUUGAGGAUUUAGAGAGGAGUCCUCAUGCUGCAGCCAUCGCCGAGUGCUUCGUAGAGAGGAGUGAGGCCUUUGACAUCUACACGCUCUACUGCAUGAACUACCCCAAUUCGGUGGCGGUGUUGAGGGACUGCAUGAAGAACCAGAGUCUGGUUCGUUUCUUCCAGGAGAGACAGACGACUCUGAGCCAUUCGUUACCCCUGGAGACGUACCUGCUCAAACCGGUUCAGAGGAUCCUCAAAUACCACCUACUACUACAGGAACUUUCUAAGCACUUUGACAAGAGCGCCCCCGGAUAUGAGGUCAUCGAGGACGCCAUCAUCACGAUGACAGCGGUGGCCUGGUACAUCAACGACAUGAAGAGGAAGCAGGAGCACGCGGUGCGACUACAGGAAAUCGAGUCCCUGCUGGUGAACUGGAGCGGGCCGGACCUGGGCGGGUUCGGAGAGCUGGUUCUGGAAGGUUCCUUCAAGGUGCAGCGCGUGAAGAAGGAGAGAGCCUUCUUCCUGUUUGAUACCAUGCUGCUGAUCGCCAAGAAGAGGCUGGAGCAGUUUGUCUACAGCACGCAUAUCUUCUGUUGUAAUCUGCUGCUGGUAGAGACCCUGAAGGAUUCUCUGUGCUUCAAAGUGUCCGAUCAGACCAUUCCCAAACAGCAGCACGUGGUCCAGACGAAGAACCAGGAGGAGAAGAGGCUGUGGGUCCACUACCUCAAGAGACUGAUCGUAGAAAACCAUCCCGCUUCUCUCCCGCAGAAGGCGAGGCAGGUCCUGGGAGACAACUUCUGUCAAUCUCCUCAGUUCGACCCGGACAACCUGAAGAGGUCGUCCGCAUCGCCGCGAUUGGACGAUAGCCGCGGUUACCACAGAGGCAGGCGCCAAUCAGGUCAGGAGCCUCCAGAGCUGCUGUUGUACACACCCGAGAAGUCCAGGAAGAGUCUGCCGCUGCUGCUGGAGGGAAACCUGCCGUACAGACGCACCAGGAGACAGUCAGCUCCGGCUAAAGACAUCGAAGCGGCAUUUCAUCCCACUGCUUUGAAGCAGGCGGGAAGCGAGGGCGAGCUGUGUCAGGCAGACAGUCUGGGCUCGGCGGGCAGCAGCAGCACGCUUGCGUCCUCCGUCAUCGAGGUGGAGGCCGAGAGGACCGAAACCAGCCUGACGCCACAGCUGCAACCCAACCGUGAGGAAGAGGAGGAAGAGGAUGCAGAGGAGCUGACCCCCCUCAGCCCUCUUCCCACGCUGUCCAUCACCGAAGAGAUCCUGGAGUUCAUCAACCAGAGCAGAGCCAGGGAGGGACUCACCGCCAUUCACACUGGCCCCACGGAGCAGGCCCUGGAUGAUAUUAAAGAGGGUCAGCCUCCAUCUACCCAGACCAACUUCACCUGCCCACUGCCGCCAGUCUCCUGCCCCUCCCCUCCACAACAAAUACCCACAAUGCAGCAGGAGCAGGAAAGAGCAGAGUUGGAGAAUGACAGCAAGCUUCAAGGCCAGACUGGCGCCUCUGGAGAGGAAAAUGAUCUUGAAAAUGAAGUCCAAGAACUUCCAGAUGCAACAAGUGAAGUGGAAAAGGGUGUGGAGGAAGAUGGAGGGUCUCAAGAAGAAGUGGUAGAAAAAGAGAAAGAAGAGGAGAAAACAGGGGAUGAAGGAGAAGGAGAGAGCAUCUCCCCCGCUGGCGCAACAUCAGAUCUAUGUCCCUCAAUCUCAGCGGAAGAAGAAAGAGAGAACAGCAGCAGUUGUCUUUCACAAAGGGAAGAGGUGAACACCAAGGCCACCACUUCCUCACCAAAUCCAGAACUCCCUCAUCACCCCAUCCCCAGAUGCCAGCCACCCACGAGAGGCUCCCACCUCACCAAGCGUGACAAGAAGAUCAUCGAAAAGAUCAGGAGUUACUAUGAGGCAGCAGCCGAGGCCGAAGAGAACGAGGCAGUGGAGGAAGAUGAACAGGGAGAAGGAGUGGCAUCGAGAAGGAGAAACAGUUUCUCACAAAUCCCAUCUGGCUUGGUGAAGGAGUCGGUAUCUCGCUUUGAUGUGAGUGGACCCCAGGGGGGGCCAGAGGGUGGACAAUGCAAUUAUGAAACAACUGAAGCUGAGACUGAUCUAGAAACAGAGCCCUAUUCCCCCACUGGUCCCAUCUCUUCCCCUACUCUACUCUCAGCAGAUGCAGAGAAUGAUGGACAGGCAGAUGAACCAAUCAGCUCCUUGGAUUUUGAUGUAGAGGACCCAACCUCACCAACCUCUAGCGUGAUGUCGGACAAAGAGACCCCAAACAAAGUGGGCCUGGAUCUAGAGUCAAACCCAAACAGGCCUGUUGGACAAGAGGCUGAGAUACAGGACAUGAAUGGAAAAGUCUGCAAAGAAGUAUUGGAGGAAAAGCAAGAGGUGGAGAGAAGAGUUUUGGGUUCUGAGGAGAACGGUGGAAAUACACCGCAAGGCGAAGGACCAUCUGUUACAAAACAGUCCAAGUGCGGAGAUGAAACAAUCAAAACCAGUGAUGGAAAUCACGCUGUUAUGAAUAGGCAUCAACCUAACCCAGCAGAACCAAAUGGAAGCCAUAAGGAACCUCCUACACCUCUGCCACCUACAGAACAAUGUAAAAAAACUGAGACCAAAACUGAUUCCACUUGGACUAGAACCAAACACAGAGACUUAGCCAGGACCAGUGGGAGCCUUGAGGGUCUUCCCAGUCAGAUAAAAGUUGGUCGAUGGUCCCGCCACUCCAGGAUUGUCACUGCUAACCGGGACUUGUUUGAGGGCAUGGGUUCGGAUGUAGCCGGCAUUGGGUUAUUUGAGGCUACCCCUGUAGUGGACCCCAUGCUGAUGGAAAACUCAGAGCGUAUUCUGAGCAAGGUCCAAACAUUGGCCCGGAUGUACAGUGCCAAAGCCAGCACCAUGAAGGUCCCACUGCAUCAGAAACGGGCCAGCGCUGUAUGGAACCAAACAUGGGACUACAGUAGACUGUCUGGACACUCAAGUCAGACCCAAACUGAAAGCCAGAAACAGGUUCAAUCUCUGACGCAAUUACAGACCCCAACUAAGUACCAGCAGCAAAGACAAUACAAUACCAUGGAAGUCAAUCAAUCACAUACCCACUCCAAGUCCAAAUAUGGAACCAAAACUCACCCUGAGACCAAAGUUCAGAGCCAAACUAUAACACAAACGAGGCAGCAAUCGCAGAUCCAAACUAAAACCCAGAACCAAACCAAGACUUAUAGCCAAUACCAGACCCAAACCAUGAGCCGGGAGGACCAAACCAUCCAGGAGAAGAGGAUGAUGACAAAUGAUUUUCAGGAGGAAGUGCUGGCACCCAUUGAGCCUCUGCUGUUUGGACAUGUGUUUGUCAAGGAACAGCUAACCCCAGCCUGUCCCCACCAGACAAAUGGUUUCACCCUCUCCAGGCCCAGAGACUUCAUCUCUGCUUUGACUAAGGAAAGAGACUCCAUUGUGGGCUGUAUAUCAGGUGACAACAACCAGACUUCCACCAGGCCUGGGGAAAGUCUACCAACUUCGACAAUAGAUCCAUCAUCCAGUCAGGCUCAGGCAAACAACUACAACCCUGGGUACACCAAUACUGACACGUCCAUGGCUUCUACUGCAUUAGGGCAUCACCUCAGAACACAACCUGAAGAGCCGAGCUCCAGUUUGCGCUUCUCUUCCAGUAACAGCCCGUUGACGUCAGACAUGAACUCGGAUUGUAGAGUCACCGAGUUCAGGGACUACUGCUCUAACAAGGAGGUCCAUUCAAAAACGGAAGAAAGGGAGAAAAGAGAGGGGUCGGAGGAGCUGAGUGACCUGAGUGGCCCUGUUUAUUUAGUCAGAGAAGCAUCAACAUCUGUAAACAUGAUUACUCAGCCAGCACACUUUGAGCCAAAAAUCUCUUCUCACAGCAUACCACAGCGGAAAAUUUCCAAAUAUGGAGAUGAGCAGGACAAAUAUGAGCAGGAUAUAGCAGCUGCUCAAUGUAUACAAGAUAAACACGCACCAGAAUACAAAAUGUCCACAGGACACACUGACAACAAGGAUGGGAGUGUUUGCUUGGUUUGCCCAGGACCCAUGGAUGGAGAGGCAUCCCCAGGGGAGAUAGUUCUGAUGGUAGCGUCUACACAGAGUCAGGCUCCAACAGAGUACCACAAAUCUACUACAAAGCCAGGACUGGGCGGAGAUCAAACCCAGAGGGAAACACUUUACCUGGCGGAGGGAGGCACCGCCGCCCUGGGAUCAACCGGUGGGCCACAGAAAGAUGAGCCCCCAAGCGUUCAGAUGAAACUAAAUGAGACAAAGUCUGAUUCUUCCUCACAAACCAGGAUGAUUCUUCAAGGUUCAGCCGUGGUCUUUACGGAAGAGACCCCUUAUUUCAGGUCCUCAAGAGAAGUGGUUGCAACCCCAGACGAUCACAAAGCAAGAGCACCAAGUCCAUGGUCAUUGGUUCAAAACUCCGAAUCAGAUCCUACCCGACCACGCGUUCCUUCGGUGCAGUCUGCAGACUGUCUACCAACAUUCACCAGCCAGAGGCCGCAGAACCUACCCACUGCUAUGGGUAAACGGGCUCUGUCUAACACCAGUUACAGGGAACCAGGGCAGCAGGACUCACAAUCCCCAACCAGCCUGUCAUUUUCCAGCCGCCCAUCAGGCAGCCGCCCAUCUUCCAGACCCUCCUUGGAGGCAUCCAACCUAGUGGAGAGACCUCACCAGGCCAUUGCCACCCCUGGCCAGAACACAGAUCAGACCUCAGCCUUUAGACCCAGCCUCAGGCACCGCUCUCCCUCCCCUGUUGGAGCUUUCUCUUCCACACCUCCCUGCUCCUCACCAUUCAGGGUUAUUUCAGCAUCUUCACCGACCCCUAUAUCUGCUGAAGAUGCAUCCCUAAACACCGUCUCCGGGACUCUUCCCUGUUUCUCUCCUACUCCCUCUUCUGGCAGGGGUUCCUCGCUGCGAGCUCGCCCUGCCUCCCCUUCUACUCCCUCCUCUCCUUUCACUCCGUCGUCCUCUUCCUCUGGGAGGUCUUCAUCCAUACGAGCAGGUCCUCCUUCCUCCCCUACACCAUCUUCCUCUUCUCUCCGAUCUCCCCCCUGCACCUCCCCCAUUGCUUCUUCCUCUGCAUUCACCAGAUCCUUAGCUGCCUCCUGUAUUAGCCAGUCCAUCAGUCAGAGUAUGGCGAGAAAGAACAAUGCUCUGCAACAAGCCCCACCCAUAAACACAGCAAACCAAAGCCCUUCGUCCACAUCUUCCUUACCCUCUUCCCAUCUACAACGGCGCUCCCCUUCACCUAAACUCCCUCCGAGUCAGCAGGGCUCGAGCACGCCUGCGUAUGCCCAGCUGGGGUGCGCUAAAGAUGGGUACCAACAUCCAAGGGGUCCUCCAUCCUCUCUCUGGUCCUCUUGCCCUUCUCCGUCUCCCAUGCAGUCACCUCCUCCCUCUCUUUCCCAACGCUCCCCCUCCCCGUCUAUGACUCUGACCAAUCAUCAGCCUUCUUCUCCUUCCCCUCGUCCCUCAUUCCUUCACUCUAAAACGGACUCGUCACAGAAUGCAAACAACAACAACAACAACAACAAAACAGCGGUGGCAUAAACGCAGUGAAUAGCAAUGUGAGUAAUACCAACAGC